UCGGCCGCCGGCCCACACCCAAGCAAACAAAACAAUGGCAGCCACAUCCGUCGCCUCCGCCCCGCGGCCCCUCCGCGCGACGCCGCGCCAGCCGGUGACCGCCCCCUGCCACCACCACCACCAUGCCACGCCGCUCAAAGGCCUCCGAGGCAGGCCGCGCCUCGCCGUCUCUGCCUCGGCCGCCGAGGAAGCCAGCAGCGGCAGCGCCUCGUCGUCGUCCCGGUUCUACUUCAACAUCACCGGCUUCCCCUUCCCGCUCGGCCCCUUCCUCAACCGCCGCACCAUCCGCACCGAGGCCGUGAAGGGCAGCGUGUGGCUGUUCGAGCAGGAGCAGGCGCUGGGCUUCAGCAGCGUCUCCACCAACACCCGCAUGACCGUCAUCAAGCUCCGCUCCGGCGGCCUCUGGGUGCACGCCCCCAUCGCCCCCACCAAAGAAUGCGUACAGCUGAUCAAGGAGCUGGGCGCGCCGGUGGAGCACAUCGUGCUGCCGACCUUCGCGUACGAGCACAAGGUCUUCCUCGGCCCGUUCUCCAGGAAGUUCCCCAAGGCGCAGGUCUGGGUGGCGCCGCGGCAGUGGAGCUGGCCCGUCAACCUCCCGCUCGAGUUCUUCGGCGUGUUCCGGUCCAAGCCCCUGGAAGACGAGGACGACGGCACCCCCUGGGCCGCCGAGAUCGAGCAGAAGGUGCUCAGCUCGCCGGAAGUUGGCAUUGGGCCUUAUGUGGAGGUGGCGUUCUACCACAAGCCUUCCAGGACGUUGCUGGUGACGGAUGCUGUUAUCUUUGUUCCUCGGCAGCCGCCCGAGUGCAUCGGCAAAGAGUCGUUGUUGGCAGCUGCAAAGAACGGCCUGGCGGUGAAGAUAUUGAGCAAAGGGAGGGAGGUUCCUGAUGAUCCGAUUGUGGACAAUAAGCUGACCCGGGAGAAAGGAUGGGAGAGGAUGGUACUUCAGAUAUUGUUUCUUGGCCCCUCAAAUCUUCUAGAGCCAAAUGCGAGUUUCGCCCAAAUGUCACAGAAGUUGAUCGUUUCACCAAUUGUCAAGACAUUAGUUUUCAGCAAAGUUCCGGAGAAGGUGAGAGACUGGGUCGACAGGAUCGCCAGGGACUGGCCAUUUCGACGAAUCAUCCCCGCCCACUUCCAAGCACCGAUCAAUGCGAGCCGGUCCGACUUCUUGGCUGCCUUCGCCUUCCUUGACGAGUUCCUCCCAGAGCGACCCCCAGCAUCGCCUAGCCUGUCUCUCAUAUUCGCCUCGUUCAUGGGCAAGGCGGCCAGCUACUUCCCCCCGGACGACAUGAAGACCCUCUCCUCCCUCGACGACUUCCUGGUCUCUGUCGGUGCUGUCAAGAAGACCGUUUCCGGAAGAAAGCGAUGAUAUGCUGCAAAACUGCUCCAUUGUCCAUAGUUUUGUUAAGGAGAGUGUCACUACCAUUGCUGGUGUACAUGGUUUGCAUUGUUGAGAAAUAUAGCUAGUUACUUAGAUUACAUAUCGUGUAGCGAUGACUAGUGAUCGGAUGCCUGAUCCUCUCUGGAAGCAUUUGUGCAGAGGAAAGUAAACAUCAUUCUGAACAUACCAAAUAUAUGUGCUUGUAUGCA